CGCCCCGAAUCCACGCCCGACGGCUACCACCCCGCCUCCCCGCGCCUCCUCCUCUCCCUCCUCGCCACCGCCUUCUUCCUCUCCAUGCCCGCCGUCGCCUCCCAGGCGCUCCAGCUCAUCCUGCGCACCGUCGGACCGUACACCGCCGUGCGCUACCUCAACUUCGCCGUCGGCCAUGGCGUCGGUGAGCCCGACGAGGGCGAGACGGGCGACGGUAUGGAGGCGGCGGUCGGCCUCGAGGAGAUUGCAGAACUAGUAGCGGAAGAGGCUAGCAGCGUAAAAGGAGGACGAAAGCAGGAGGGCGACCUCGCGCCCCUCUCCAUCCUGUCCGACACGGACAGCGAGGACGCAGGGAUCGCCGCCCCGAGCCUCGUCUCCGCGCUCGAGCCGCGCUUGUACUACGGCGCGGUGUCGGACAAGGUCGGCGAGGCUGCCGCGUGCUGGCUUGCACGCUGGGGCGUGGACGUCGUGGGGCGAGAGCAGAGCGUGCAUGUUAGGUGGGAUGCGGCGGACGCGGGACGCAGCGCGGCUGGGUCGAGGAAGCGCACGGCGACGGCGCCGUCGAGGUUUGUAGAGCCUGUGAGGAACGGCGCGGGCCCCAGUGGGAGCGCGGAAAGGAGGGAUUGGGUGAUUCCGUUUGUGUGGCGGUGUGGUGGGUUGAGUGCGCGAUGGGUGCGCGGGUUGCUGUCGAGCGACGCGCUGUUCGUGAAGGGGGAAAAGGAGCGGUAUGAUAUGGCCAAGACCAUCGUGGAAAUGAGGAGGAGGAAAGGUAUCGACGAGGAGGAAGAGCGCGAGUGGGAGGAGUUGUUCCGGACGGGGAUAUACUACGAGAACAUGGGUAUUGAUGACCUGAUGGCGAUCUCUAGAGAUGUCUCGCCGACGAUGGGGCAGCAUUAUGUACCGCUGCACGUACUGCAGUCCGCACACUGGAACCAGGACGUCCUGCGGCAUCGCAUCAUGACGCGUCCGUCCAGCACCAGCAGCAGCCCGGUUUCCCCGCCGCUCUCGCCGAGCUCGCGCGAGAAGGAGCUGGGGCUGAGCCUGCCGACGACGGAGGUGGCAGCAGUGAUAGAGAAGGACGCCGCGUUCUUCCCUGUGCCUGCAGACUCGUCGGUGCGCAUUGGGGAUAGUACUGCGAUCGAUGGAGGGUCGCUGGAGGGAUUGUUCGACGCGAAGGAGCCGACGACCAUUGACGCGGCGCCGCGCAAGACGGGCAUGCCGCCGUCGUGCGAGGAGAACUUUUUCGGGGUGGGACAGCAGCGGUUUGCCGUCUCCACCGUUGCGUCCUCCUCCUCGUCUUCCUCAUCCUCGCUUGCGCCGUCGGGCAAGUGGACUCCGCACCCGCCAUUCCGGUUCGCGGUCGAGUUCUGGGACGUGGAUGCGCUGAAGGAGAAGAGCCGGCUGCAUAGCCACACGGUGUGGUACGCGGGGAGCCUGUACAACGUGUACGUGCAGGUCGUGCGCAAAAAGGGCGUGCAGCUCGGCGUGUAUCUCCACCGGCAGAGUACCGUCGACCCGAUCCCGCACAUGUCUGCGCCGGUGAACGGCGUGUCGUCCAGGUUGAUUGGGGUGCCGAGCAGUAAUCAUGGAAGUGGGAACGGGAGCAAUGGAAGGCCGUCUUCGGCAGGGGCGUCGUCGUCGUCGGCGCAGCAGCCACAGAACAACUCGGGGACGAGUCUGCAGCUGUCACGCAGCCUGACGCCGACGUCGACGCCCAACUCAUCCGCGCUCGGGUCGUCGCUGCUCGGCGGGGGCGCGUCGUCCAACACGCUGCCGGCGACGGCGCUGUCGGUCGCGCCGCAGCAGCCGUACCGCGACCCGCGCCCGGCGGUGUCGGCGCACUUUUCGAUCGCGUGCGCGAGCGCGACGGGGGCGAGUUUGACGCGGUUUACGAGUGCGCCGGAUGUGUUUAGUGUGAGUCAGAGUUGGGGGUGGAAGAGUAGUAGUUUGAGGACGGAGGAGUAUAUGGAGGUGGGUCUGGAUGGGAUGCCGAGUGGGCAGGCGAUGCCGGCGGGGAGGGAGGUGAGUUUGCGGGCGACGGUGGUGUUGGGGGUGGUGUGA